AUGACCAAAGAUUCCGAGCUUAGCCACCUCCACGAAACCCUUUUUGAACAAGGUAUAAAACUCCGCCGAGCCGUCGUCGGCGACGCGUACGUGGAUAGAGCCCUGGCCCAAGGAUCCAGCGACUUUUCGCGUCCCGGCCAAGAACUGGUUACUGAAUGGUGCUGGGACCUGGGUAUGUUGAUCGCGUUGAAAACCUGGCCGGAAUUGGCUUUUCAUACUCGCGGUGCUAUCAUCAACGGCCUUACCGAGAAAGAGAUCAGCGAGGCGGUUUUGCAGGCUACUUUUUACUGUGGAGGUCCUUCGGGGACUGAGGCUACGAAGGUUACGGAGAGGGCUAUUAAUGAGAUGAUUGCGAAUGGGGAGUAUAAGCGGGAAUAAACUGUGCGUCGUUGGUUUUCGGGCUUAGAAUAUGAGAGGAUCUUAAUGUUCUUGGAACGUUGGAUCGCUUCAAUUUGGUGAUAUAAAGAUG